AGAGAGGCAUCCGCGCUUUUGCUCUCUUCGCGUGCAGCUUGGCUCCAGCUGCAGCCAUUGCUGCAACCCAAAGAUCAGAACCAUGGAAAGGCCGAACGAUUCCGACCUUGCAUCGCUGUUGGCGGCCGCCCGGAGUGUGUAUAAAAAGACUUUCGGAGGGGCGGAUCCCAAGAUCGCUGUGUCGGCGCCGGGAAGAGUCAAUUUGAUCGGAGAGCACACGGAUUACAACCAAGGCUUCGUGCUGCCUAUGGCCUUGCAAAUGGGCACUGUGAUGGUCGGGAGCCCAAGGGAAGAUGGACUAAUAUCCAUUGUCACCACUGCGGAGGAAGUGGGAGAGCCCCAAAGCGUGCAGUUCCAGGCUCCAAGGGAAGGUGGUGACUUGAAGCCAGGAGAACCUCGCUGGGCUAAUUAUGUGAAGGGGGUUAUCCAGCAUUAUAAAGCUGGCCCUCUCCCUGGCUUUGAUGCAAUCAUAGCCAGUAAUCUUCCACUUGGUGGUGGUCUUUCAAGUUCUGCAUCCUUAGAGGUGGCUACAUAUACCUUCUUACAGCAGCUCUGCCCAGACGAUGGCGAUCCAGUCGCUAAGGCAUUAGUAUGCCAGAAAGCAGAGCACACCUUUGCGAUGAUGCCUUGUGGUAUCAUGGACCAGUUCAUCUCUGUCAUGGGGAAGGAGGGCCAUGCCUUGCUGUUAGACUGCAGGUCGCUGGAGACUCGCCUGGUACCUUUGGUGGACCCAGAUUUAGUCAUCCUCAUCACCAACUCCAAUGUUCGGCACACCUUGACAGGGAGCGAGUACCCCACACGCCGGCGCCAGUGUGAAGAGGCAGCGAAGGCCCUCGGCAAGGCAAGCCUGAGAGAAGCCAGUCAGGCAGACUUAGAGGGCUCUCAGGCCCUCCUAAGCGAGGAGGUGUACAGGCGUGCCAGGCAUGUAAUUGGAGAGAUAGAGCGCACUGUUGGAGCAGCAGAAGCACUGCAGUCUGGGGACUAUAAGAGAUUUGGACAACUAAUGGUGGAGAGUCACAAUUCCUUACGGGAUGACUAUGAUGUCAGCUGUUUGGAAUUGGAUGAGUUGGUAUCUGCUGCCUUGGAGAUCCCUGGGGUUUACGGCAGCCGAAUGACCGGCGGGGGAUUCGGAGGUUGUACCGUUACUCUGCUUGAAUCUGGAGCAGCAGAAAAGGUUCUGCAACACAUCCAAGAAAAAUACAGUGGGACAGCAACCUUCUUUUUCACAAAGCCUUCUGAUGGAGCUAGAGUACAUCCUCUGCCUUGCUAGUUCAGCUAAAUAGCCUCUAUGCAAGAGCUUCCUGUAACCAGCGAAUAAGAGGCUUGCAAGCUGUGCCCACCUGCACGAUCGAUCUAUUUGGAACAAAGACUUCUGCUUCUUACACACAAGGAAAUACUUUGAAAACUUACAUUGGUACUGUUCCUUUUUUUACAGAAAAUAAUUGAUGUAAUUAAAAAUUAAUUUUACACUCA